AUGGCCUCACAGAUGGAGCAGGAGCUCACCUGUCCGGUCUGCCAUGACAUCUUUGUGGAGCCUGUGGUUCUGUCCUGCAGCCACAGCUUCUGUAGAGACUGUGUGAGGAGCUGGUGGAGAGAGAAGAUGAUAGAGGAGUGUCCACUGUGUAAGGAAAUAUCUCCACACAGGGAUCCACCUGGUAACCGGGCUCUAAAGAACCUGUCUGAGGCCUUUUUGUCUGAGAGGGACCAGAGAGCUCCAGCAGAGUCUGAGGAUCUCUGCAGUCUGCACGCUGAGAAAUUCAAACUCUUCUGCCUGGACCAUCAGCAGCCCAUGUGCAUCGUCUGUCUCCAUUCAGACUCUCAUGCUGGACACAAAGUCAGAACUAUCAGAGAGGUCGCACAGGAGCACAGGGCAGAGCUCCGGAAAACCCUGAAGCCUGUGAGAGAGAAGCUGAAGACCUUCGAGCGUUUUAAAGAAAACUGCAAUGAAACAGCAGAUUACAUUAAAGUACAGGCUACAAUCACAGAGAGGAGGAUUCAGGAGCAGUUCCUGAAGCUUCAGAUGUUUCUCAUUGAGGAGGAGAGGGCCAGGAUCUCUGCUCUGAAGGAGGAAGAGGAAAGAAAGAGUCAGAGGAUGAAGGAGAAGAUGGAGGCUCUGAACAGAGAGAUAGCAGCUCUGUCAGACACAGUCAGAGCCACAGAGGCAGAGCUGAGAGCUGACGACGUCGCAUUCAUGCUGAACUACAAGGCUGCAGUGAGGAGAGUCCUGCAGCGCCCCCUGUCGGUUGAUCCACAGCUGGUCCCUGGAGCUCUGAUAGAAGAGGCCGAACACCUGGGCAACCUGAGCCGCAACGUUUGGGUGAGGAUGGUCAAGGUGACCUCCUUCUCCUCUGUGAUUCUGGACCCAAACUCUGCUCAUCCAGAACUCGUCCUGUCUGAAGAUCUGACCAGCGUCCGAUGCGGAGAGAGCCAGAGGCGUCCCAACAACCUGGAGCGGUUUGAUUCCUGCAUCUCUGUCCUGGGCUCUGAAGGCUUUAACUCAGGGACUCACAGCUGGGUGGUUGAAGUUGGAAAGAGUCCGGCGUGGAUCCUGGGUGUAGCAGCAGAGUCAGUCAGAAGAAAGGGGGACGUGGCCUUAAAGUCUGGACUCUGGAGGAUCCUGUUAUACAGGGACGAGUACUCAGCAUGGUCACCAACAGGACCAGAGACCAAGAAAGAAACUCCUCUCUCGGUGAAGAAGCUCCGCAGGAUCCAAGUGAAACUGGACUACGAUAAAGGGAAGUUGUGGUUUUAUGAUUCUGAUACCAACACGUGCAUCUACACCUUCAGGCACACUUUCACUGAGACGAUGUUUCCCUACUUCAACACCAACACCACGUUCCCACUUCAGGUGUUCUAA